AUGACUCCAGUUCAGGUUCUCAGAGAGUUUAUCAAGCAGAGACUGACUGCUGCCGCUGGAGAAAUCUUCACCGUGUUUCAACAAAUUAUCGUCCAGUUCGAGGAGGAGAUUUACCGACAGAGCAAACUGCUGGAAACCUGCUCCAAGCCUCCAGUCCACUUCCACCCAGCAGAGAGUCCACAGCAGCAGGAACAUGAAGCUCCACACAGUAGAGAGGAUGAGGGUCUUGUUGGGAACGACCAUUUCCUGGACUCUGAGAGGGACUCGACCACCCAGAGACUGACUGCUGCCGCCGUGGAAAUCUGCACCCUGUUUGAACAAACCAUCGUCCAGUACCAGGAGAAGAUUGAGCGUCAGAACAGACUGCUGGAAGUCUGCCUGAAGCCUCAGAUCAAGCUCCCCAGAGCAGAGCUCCAGCAGCACCGUGACUGGAGAGAGGAGCAGCUGUUUCAACAGGAACCCAGCUGCAGUCUGGAACAGGGAGAACCAGAACCAGAACCUCCACACAACAAAGAGGUACAAGUACCAGAACCUCCUCAGAUUAAAGAGGAACCGGAAGAACCAGAAGCUCCACAAAUCAACAACGAACAACAAGAACCAGAACCUCCUCAGAUUAAAGAGGAACAUGAGGAAAGUGUCUGUAACAAACGUGAACUAUGUCCGGAGGCGGGAACAGUUAGUGGGGGGAGGACUGGGGAAGCAUGUGGCAGACAGGUCAGCCAUUCGCUGGACCAGAUGAGCACUCAGUCAGGUGAGAAGCCGUAUGCUUGUGAAAUAUGUGGGAGACGUUUCAUUCUGUGGCCUUUCUUAAGGAACCACAUAAGAACUCACACCGUGGUGAGGAGCUAUUCUUGUGCAACAUGUAACGAAAGUUUCAGUCGGCACAAUGCGCUGCUGGUCCACAUGAGAACUCACACAGGGGAGGAGCCCUUCUCCUUUGAAACAUAUUGUGAAAAUUUCAGUCAGCACAAUAAUUCCUCGGUGCAGAUUAUAACUCACGCGGACAAGGAGCUGUACUCCUGUGAAAGAUGUGGGAGGAGUUUCAGUCAUCCGUGUUAUUUAAGGUCUCACAUGAGAACCCACAUAGGGAAGAGUCUGUAUUCUUGUGGAACAUGUAACGAAAGCUUCAAGCGGCCCAAUGCCUUGUUCGUCCACAUGAGAACUCACUCGGGGGAGAAGCCGUAUUCUUGUGAAACGUGUGGGAGACGUUUCACUCAGCAGAGCCAGCUGCUGGUCCACAUGAGAACUCACUCAGGUGAGGAGCCAUAUUCUCAAGAAACGUGGGAGGAGUCUCAGUGA